AUGCCAUUACUUCCUGAUAAUCAAUUUGGCUUCAGAAAGUUUCUUUGUCAGGAUAAUUUGGUCGCUCCUGUUGCUAGUAUCCAUGCAGUGCAAUUUGUUAGCCAAGGUUCUAUCUCCGAGCCAAGAUCGACGCUGAAAGGUACCCCGCAGGGCUCUGUCCUCAGCCCGACGCUUUUCAACUUUUACCUCAGAAACGUCAAUGAAGCACUCGACUCUGAUACCGAGCUUCUGCAAUUUGCCGAUGACAUUGUCAUCUUUUCCUCGCUUAAGGAUACCGAAGCCGCAAUCAAUUCGGUUGAGCUCUCCCUUCAGGGCCUAGAGUCGUUCUUACUGGAACGGGGCCUCGACAUCUCCCCGACUAAAACGCAACUUAUAAUUUUUUCCAAUAAGAGGUCUUUAGCACAAAUGGACUACUCCAUCUCAUUUCGGAACCAACUCAUUUUACCAUCUCCUACGGUUCGCUUUCUGGGUGUAUUGCUCGACCCCAAGCUAUCUGGUAAACCACACAUGUCAUACAUCAUUAAUAAAGGCAAACGUAUACUUCAGAUCAUCCAGGCUCUCAGAGAUUCCGGCUACUUGCUUCGCGCUAUUUUCUUAAAAUAUCUUCGGUACAACAACACAUCACUGUCGACAAGUUGCAUCAACUUUGCGAUCUGGCUAUCGGCACCUCUAGAACUAACUACUUACACAGGCACUUCCCUGCGACCCUUAUUUUCCAUCGAAUUCCGAGAUCUCACAUCCGACUCAACUCUCUUCUACACCGACGGGUCUAAGGUGGAUCAUAGCACGCACGUGGGGGCGGCGGUUUUGGCCCCACAGUUGCAAGGGGAACUUAUGCUUAAACUUCCACCGUACACCUCCGUUUUCUCGGCGGAAGCAUAUGCGAUUUACACUGCUAUCACGCUGGCCAUUGAUCGCAAACUACCAAAGGCAACUAUUAUUACGGACUCUAAAAGCGUCCUUAAGGCGGUCAAAAGCUUUCGCAACCCAACAAACAACUACCUCAUUCCGCUUAUCCGAUCUGUGUUAGAGGAGGCUGAAUCUAAGGGUACAGAAAUCAAUUUCAUCUGGAUCCCCUCUCAUAGGGGGAUCUCCGGAAACGAAAAGGCCGAUCAGCUAGCCAAACGCGCAAUUCGCCAAGAAUCUCAAGCAGAUAUUAAGGGCUCCUUUUACUUCUCUAAUAUUUUUAAAAGGUCCGCCAAGCCUUGGUAUUUCCGUAUAAACAUUCCUAGAGAGAGCAUUGUCAUGAUCAACCGCUUACGUUCCAACCAUUACAAUUUAAACUACAGCCUCCACCGGAAAAAUUUAAUCGAUGAUCCUUCCUGUCCCUGUGGGGCACCACAACAAGACAUGAUUCAUAUGAUAUACGAGUGUCCUGAGUCCAGGGGUAGUACGAGACUUGCUUAUAACCAACUUCAGUAA